AUGGCUUUAGAUAUCAACUCAUGGGAGCAGAUCUUUCAAGACCUGAUCCAACAGGUGGAACCCUGGGCUAGAUGGACCCUGAAGCUGGAUGAGACACUUCAGCCAGACUGUAUGAGCCCUGGGUGGAAGCAAUACCAGCAGAAAGCCUUUGGCAGGUUCCAGUGUUCCUCAUGCCAGCGAAGAUGGGCUUCUGCCAAAGUGCAGGUUCUCUGUCAAAUGUACUGGGAGCACUGGAGAUCCCAGGGACAGGUGCUAAUGCGGUUCUUUGCUCAGAGAUGUAAGAAGUGUCAUGGGUCCCAAUUUGAGAAGCCUGAGUUCUCUUCUGAGAGCACCAUGAUGAUUCUGAACAACCUGGUGCAGCGUAUUCUGGAGAGAUUCUAUAGCGUGGAUAUGAGGACAGCUCCACCGAUACCAGUGACUGCAGAAGUGCCAUUGCAAGGGCCCCAUGACACAACCAAUUGUGAGGCAUGUCUUCUGGGUUUCUGUACAUGGGACUUACAAAACCUCGUGGCACAACCACCCACAACCUCACUCUCCUAUGUGGAUAUUGGGAGAUACUCUCCAUCUCUUGGUGAUGGGUUUGUCCAAACUCCAGCCAGGAACCAGUCAGCUAACGUAAGAGCUUACACAGAUAGGACAGGCCCAAUAGCUACAAGCUCUUCAUCUGGAAGGCUCUCUCCAGAUAGCACUUUCUUGCCACCAUCAGAGAACUGGCCAACAUUGCGGUUCAUGUAUGUUAUAGGUGUGCUUGUUGCUCUGUCUGCAGUUAUUGCUACCAGAUCAUGUAUGAGCAAAGAAUAA